GCGAAAACAAAGCUUCCUCUAUGAGGAAGCAAAAAGAAAUAAAAGUACAGUCUAUAAAAAUUGCAGUAGGAUUACGAUCUAAUACUGCCUACGUUCUCAAUUAUAUUGUUCCCGCUAAAUUAAAUAAUUUGUACUGUCAACAUACGUACAUACACGUAUGCUAAAUAAGUUACGGAAAUACAGACAUUAUUAUUGCCACUUGCAGUACAUGAUUUUACCUUAUAAGUUCUCUGAAAUUUUUUACUAGAUGUUUUCUGAUUGAGUUUUACUAGAAUACACUAAAAUCAAGUAAAACAUUUUUAGUAAAAUUCCUCUUACGUCCAUUCAACAAAGGUAGUCAAAUGUUAGAAUGAAACUUUUCAAUCGAGACUUAGCUUAAUAAAUGAACAGAAGGAGUGUAUUGAAUAAUUGUAUAAGAUUUGGUAAGCAUUAAGCAAUAUUUAGUGGAUAAGCAUGUCAUUGAAAAAAAAACUCACAUAAGUCUUCAGACUCUCUACUCACAGGUGAAACGGUGUCGAGCUAGCUAAUUCGUUAGACGUAUAUCUGUGGAUUUCCCAAUUUUGUUCCUGCGAAAUUAGCCGGAGAGAAUAUUCCAGUAAUGUUUGUCCUCUAUGUUUCUUCCUUGUGUUAAUAUAGGAUUUGUGUUCUACCUUCUAAACUAAAUGACAGGGAUCGACUUUAUCAGCACUUGAUUACUUUCAGUACUCUACGACUGCAUUACUCUGACGCGUUUUUAUUAUGAUGAAGCGGGGAGUACAGUUGUUGCAUAAGUGCAUAAUCUCGUGCAUAGAGAAUUUGAUUUCUCCAUUUCCUUAGGCAUUUGCUGCCUGAACCUAUCAAUUUUGUAUUACAUAUGCUUAUAUGCUUCCCGUUUAGUAUAACCGGGCUUCGAUAGAGGUCUUAUUAGUAUCAUCAAGAUCCAGUGAAGCAGUAGCGUUGUAAAUCCGAGGAGUAGAAUACUAAAUCAACCGUCGCAGUACUGAAUUUCGCUUUAGACCAAUAAGUACUUUAUAAUACUUUGCAAGAGUGUCUUAAAAUAGUGUGCAAGGAAAGAAUACGUAUGAAUAAAUAAUGAAUAAGAGGACUCAUAAUAUGUCUAAGAUUUUUAUUUUAUUCGCGUUGCUGCCGCAUCUAUUUUGUGCUGAGACACCUGGUAGAACUUCGUGUUCGAAAUACUUCAAACAUACAAUCGACCCUGAGACAGACAAGAUAUUUGGACGGAUCGAAAUUCGCCAUUUUCUGUUAGAAAACGAAAUUUAUUUAAAAGUAGCCUUAAACGCUACCACUCUAAAUGGGUUAUUUCGAUUAGAAUUGGCACGAACAAUAAAAGAGACCAUUCAAGCUAUUGAACGAGGUAGACCUUUGCUUUAUCAUAUUAAUUUUCCUUCGGACGCAAACUUUCUGAUAUUAUCCGCGAUAUGGUUUAACAAGCGUCAAUAUUGUCUCAGCUCCAGAGGGUCAAAUGGAAAUAUCGUAGCCAAUAUCGAAUUGGGGCAUAUUGUGUACCCUCCGAACAAACCACUGCCGCAGGAUUUUCAGCCGUGGCAUCGAAAUUCGAGUGGCUACCGCAUAAACAAUCCAAAUUACAAAACACACGCUGAAUGCGGUGUUACCAAUUACUACACCGAGAGCACAAAUAGUCUGAUCCCCAAUGGUGCAACGGCAUUACCAGCGGCGCACUGUUUGCUAUGGGACUAUUUUGGUACAACAACUUACACUCCAGUAAACAUUAAUAUGGUGGACGUGGUUCUGGGGCAAUUUAACUUGGACGAAUUGCGCGGAGAUGGAUUUGCCAAACGGAAAAUCGCGAGCUACGUGAUUCACCCCGAUUAUGCGCUCUAUGUCAAUGCUGGUUCCGAUCUUGCGGUUUUGACCCUCAACAACGUCGUCGAGUUCAAUCCUCUUAUCAGGCCUAUUUGCCUAUGGUCCGACUCAAGUAAGCUUGAAGACGUCGUUAGUAGGACGGGAUAUGUCGUAGGAUGGGGUGGAGACGAGGUUGAUCGUGAUGUUGCAGAUCAACGGAUGGUGAGGGCGAAUAUAGUGAGCCAAGAGACCUGUCUCUCGGCUGAUGCUGUAUACCUUAGUGUGAUCUCGAAUAACACCUUCUGCGCUGAUUCGCGAGACGGACUGGGUCCUUGCAAUGGUGAUGGUGGGAACGGGCUGAUACUUCUAAACAAUAUUACAGACAGUUAUGAGUUGCGUGGCGUUGUUUCGCGAACUAUAAUCAAACAAAGAUCGUCUUGCGAUCUACGGAAAUACAUCGUCUAUGUUGAUGUGGCCAAAUAGCUACCCUGGAUUAAACAACAGAUAUCGAUGUAACGUUCGUCUUCAGUCGCAAAAUGCAAUACAUGCUAAUCUAUAAGUUUUGUUUUAGGUAAAGCUUAUUCGAAGACGCAGUACUUAUGUACAGUUACGCGUAAGGAUUAAACAGUUAUGAAUUCUGUCUGUUAUGUGGCGCAGAGAAAUGUGCGCUGCUUAGUAAACA